UAAGAAGUUUCUUUACUUAUCCACAAAAUCAAUCCUACACGCUUUAGCUGCAAAGGGAUCAUUUCGAUCACGUCUCAUAUUGCGCAGACGCUGAUCACGGUUCACAUUGUGCACGUUUGCGAAUGAGCGCGACGAAAAAUAAGCGGUCUGCCAAUGUUCGAUAUGCGCUGUUAUCUGAAAACGAUGAAGGGAACGCGGAGAUGAGGAGAGCUGUCAUCAACUCAAAGCUUACGCCGCCAGAUGGAACUUCAAGCAGCUUGGCCCCUUUUUUACUUGAGGUGUUCGACGACUUCAAAUUGUAGGUGAAUCUGCGUUAGUGUAUUCGUCAUGCGAACAAGCUUUUCCUGUCCAUGGUGUCACCUGCAAGUCAUUCGUCCUAUAUAGUGAUAAUUAACAAGGCGCGACCCUGACAGCUUAUAUUGAAGUCUGUUUAACUAAACGACGUGUCAGCUAGGGGUUUAGAGUACAACCCCCGUGUUUAAGGGGGAAGUGUUUUGAAACUCAGAGCAACAGUUUUUAUGAUGUGUAUUCGUUAUCGAGCGGCUUCGCAACUUUCGCCUGAGCCCGAGGAAGGUGAUGGCAAGCCGCAUGUUAAACCACGGAUAAAGAAGAAGAUUAUAUGGAAGCGUUUGCCCUUCGGCACGGCUUAUGAUUUAGAUUGUGCCCUUUUCGAUGUCGAGAAAAUUCAUAAGAGUCCUCAACUGAAUGCCCUUAGUCAAUGGGAUUAUGACAUAUUUGGACUUGCGAAGAUGUGGCCGUGCACAGUAUUGAGUUCGAUGUGUUUCCGCAUAUUAAAGGAUACUGGUCUAAUUUCGGCGUUUGGAUUGCUCGAGAAAGAGCUGAUACUGUACUUGCACGUUUUGGAGAGCGGCUAUCGAGAUAUACCAUUCCAUAAUCGGGUGCACGCUGCCGACGUCCUCCACGGAGUCUACUAUCUUUGUACGCAGCCUGUGGCCGGACUAAAACAAUCGCCUCGAUCGAAGAACGUUGGCACUGCCAAUCUACAAGUUGUCACCUCAUUCAGAGAGAAGCAAUUCGGGGAAAGGCAAAAAAAAGGUAACCAGAAGUCGACAUUGCCGAUUGAUCCUAACUCGGAACGCACGUAUGGGAUUUUAGCAGCAAAUAUAACCCGACUUGAGCUACUUGCUGUCCUGUUAGCCGCAGCAAUGCAUGACUACGAUCAUCCAGGAAGGUCCAACAGGUUCCUGGUUCUGACAAAGUCACCACUCGCACAAUUGUACAAUAAUAGGUCAGUGUUAGAGCAGCACCACGUUUCAAAAUCGUGGGAGCUCAUGGAAAGUUAUCCUGAAUGCAAUUUUCUGAAGAACAUGCAUCCCACUGAGCGUUCGAAGCUACAACAACUCACUGUUGACUGCGUACUGGCCACAGACCUUGAUCGUCACUCGAUAGUACUAGAAACUUUCAACGAUCAGGUUAAGGCUGGCCUGAAUUGGGCAGAUGAAACGCAUCGGUUGUCAGUCCUUUUAAUGGUAAUCAAGCUGGCUGAUGUGAGCGGUCCAUGUAAACGGUUCGAUUUACACAGCAGUUGGAUGAACCUCCUUUGCCAGGAAUUCUACCAGCAAGGUGAAGAGGAACGUAAUCGUGGCUGGGAGAUCACCAAAUAUAUGGAUGGUAACCACCCGGAAACGGCAAAACUACAGAGCUCUUUCAUCACGAACGUGGUUCAACCACUCUUAACAGCGUAUAGUAACGCAGGUCUCAUGCCCAGCCAGUGGGUACUUCCCGUGCCCCCAGCGCUUGACGGUAUGGAGGACGCACCCAAUCAGGGCGACGGAGAAAGGCAAUCUCUAAUGAAGGACUGCAUUCCUAUGAAACAUCUCCAGGAUAACCUCUCUUACUGGACAAAUAUACUUGAACACAAAGGUCAAAAGGGAGGAAGCGCAUUGUGAAUGUCAUUCAGGGGUUCUUCAACCAGGAUCUUCAGAGUCUUGGAACGACUUUUUGGAAAGGAAGUACCUAAUAAAUAGAAGUUUAGCGUGUGGCCUCGUGAGUCCAGACUCAUGGCCGUAAAUAAAUAAUAAUAAGUUAUUUAUCUAGUACGUAUUAUGCAUUGACAUAUAUCGAAAUAUGCGGUACGCGUCGUCCGUUACAAGCAAACCUUGCCAUCGCAAUGCGAAAAAUAGGAUAACGAUCACGAUCACUCUACGCUAAUUACUGAAUGAUUUUAAUCAAUAUGGUAAGCAAAAUAGGUGCUCUUACAGAACUAUGUGGGUACCAAUUGAUGGGUGACAAUCUGUUAACCUGUUAACCGUAGGACCCAAUAAUAUUUACAUUAAUACUGACACUAAGCAUCCUGCAAAUCAGGUUAGGCGAGGAAAUUUUCGUUGAAGAUAGCGCUCGUAACCGUAGAAUGCUUUGGUAUCGUCAAAGUUAAAAGUGAAGAAACACAUUUUAAGGUACACAUGUUUUCAUGUUUAAUAAAUAAGAUGUACAAACCGCAAUGUUAAGAUGUACACUCUUUCAAUAGCAAUGUAUAUAACCCUAUAUCCAAUGUUACUUACGAAAAACGCGUACUACUGGAGGCUGCCAAUCGAACGGUAAAGGAUAUCACUUACUUACGUGUAUAGUAAGUGAAGUAAAGUCCCGUUGUUAUUUGGUCAUAAAAAUAAUUAGGUACUAAUACUUGGCGGUCGAUGAGAGUAAGGUUAAUCUAAUGAUCUACACCGGAUACAUCGAUAAUAACAUUGUACAGGCACAGUAACAAUGCCCUCGUUAGGGAGGGAAUAAUUCGUCAAGGAUGUGAAAUAUAUAUUACAUGUUCUUUUUCGUCCUAGCCGCGCGUCUCUUUUUUUUUGCGGAAUAUUUUGUGAGCUAAAAUAUUGCCAUAAGGUCUUUCGCCUCAGAAAUGAACUUGAGGCGUGCAAAAAGCGCGGGCUUUUUUUAAAGUGAAUCGAUGCAGUUUUACUUGUAAUGUGCCACCAAUCAUUACUUUAUAAAUUAUAGAAUAGGAUUAUCAGAUCGAGAACCUGGUAAUGGUGAACGGCACGUAAUGCGAGUCGAAAUAAUGUCAAAAUAAGGCAUACGCGUAGUGGGCACUGGAAUUGUAAUUAACAGAGGAGAAAUACAGAUAUAUGAAAUAAAGAAACAAACAUACGGAAUAAUGUAAAGACAUGAAAACAAAGCAGACGAUCUUUCCAGUUCCAAUUAUUCCAAAGCUAUGUACCCAAAACUUGCGAUUAAUAACUUUAAUCAAUCAUUGCACAAUAAUAUUGCCAGGGACCAAAUUGGACCUCACAAAUAGUACAUCAAAUUGACCCAAGGUACCACCGUUUCAAUAAAA